AUGCUAGUGCCCAAAUCAUUUCCUGAUGAUUUGAGAUGUUGCCAAGGAAGAGAUUCCCAAAACCAGCAGAAAUUCACUUGGGCAGAGAACUAUCAACCCAAGGCUUUGAAGGACUUCAUCUGCCACAGAGAAAUAGCUGAGAAGGUUGAAACUCUAGUGACAGUUGGAGAUGCUAAGCAUGUAAUAAUUGAUGGAUUCCCAGGAAUAGGGAAGAGAACAAUGGCUCUAGCACUGCUUAGAGAAAAUUUUGGACCGGACAUCAAACAGACAAGGGAGGAACUCCAAACGUUGGAUUUGGAGAGUGUACUAAAAAGAGGGCUAACAUCAAGCAUUCAGAUAAGAGAACAAGCAGCUGCUAAACACAUAGAGGUCGACCUCUCUGAAUCUGGUAUAAGAGGUUAUGCAACAGAAGUGCCCUUGUUAAUAAUUAAGAAGACACACAAUGCUUUAACAAAGCAACCACCCUUGCAGCACAAUCUUGUAAAUGCCAAAGCGAUUGUUUUCCACCAGGCAGAAAAAGUAUCCAAGAAUGCUCAUCCCCAAAUUCGAAGGUUCUUAGAAAAUUCCGGUCAGCAUAAAGUUAUAUUUUGCUGCUCUGAUAUCUGUAAGCUUCAAAUUCUCAAGCCUCUCUGCAGAGUUAUCCAUCUUCCUCCACCUCCAAACAAGGAGAUUGUUGGAGUCUUAAACUUCAUUGCUAAACAAGAAGAUAUUGAAUUACCUCAUACAUUGUACCAAACUAUAGCAGAGAAUUCCAAUCAUUGCCUCAGGCAAGCUAUUCGUUCAUUUGAGGCCACAUGGCUCGCAGAUUACCCUUUUAAAGAAGGCCAAUCAAUUAUGACUGGCUGGGAAGAUGAGCUUGCACUAAUGGCCCAAAGUAUCAUUGAAGAACAAAGCCUAAACAUGCUGUUUCUUGUUAGAAAAAAGGUUCUACGCUUAAUGGAGCACCAUAUCUGUCGAGAAUUUGUUUUAAGUACUCUAGUGGCAGAGCUGAAAAAGCAUGUUCCGGACAGCCAAACUCAGUUGGAUUUAGAAAGUUUAUACGAGGAAAUUUCAAAGCCAAAUGAAGAUUUUAGUGCAGAACUAAGCUACAAAGACGAAACAGUAGGCAACAGAAUGCGCAAAAUGUCUCGGUUUUCUUUUGCAGCAAUAGAAGUUGAUCCCCAUGGAACUAAACAUUACCUUUUCCUGAUAACAGAAUUUGUAGCAAAGUUUAUGAGCUACUGCAAAAUCAAAAGAGUACAGUUUGUAUCAAGCCUGACCGGUGCAAGUGCAACUCAUCAAAAGCAAUGCUCGCAGAAAGGACCUUCCUGA